AUGCCUUUAAUUGCUCCGGUCUACACUUCUGAAUCAAAUAUUGUCGGUGCUUCCUAUAUCAUACUAUCUUUGGCACUACUUUUACUGUGCCUGACGUUCAACGCGGUGCUUAUAGCGGAUCGUGAAUUCAAAACUUUGCAAGCACAUCGGCUGAUGCUCUUUAUGGGCAUUCUUGACUGUAUACAGCUUAUUGGUCAUACAUUCGGAGGUGUUGCCACUAUAUGGAAACCUAUUAACUAUGAUGUGCCUUAUCUUUGUCAGAUAAUGGGCGCCGCAACGAACUCAGCAUGGGUCGGUCUAUUUCCUCUGUCGGUAUUAACAGCUAUUCAAAGGCUUCUCAUCGUAAGAAACACUGUGCAACCAAACGCGAAGUUUUCGCACGCGAUGAAGGUAAGUAAGUUUAAUUUGAAUUAUAUUCGCAAUAAGCAGCAGCUACUCAUACUUUCAGCAAUAGCGGAAAUAUUUAUUAGAUUAAAAUGUUGGCCCCAGAAGCUGUAUCCAGCCCUCAACUGCAAGCAUUUUUGCCACACUUGUGUUUAG